UGUAGCAGUUUGGACACAAGAAACUGAUCUCGAGCUUCUUUAAGUCUGUCAGUGUAACGGUGUCUCUCCACCGCCGCUGUUUAGAACGGUGUGGUGAUUGGUGAAGCGCAGCUGAAGUCCCGCCCACUGCCUGAAUGAACCCUAAUAUAACCGGAGUAAGUGAAAGUAAAAUUCAGCACAGACCUUUAUGCAGCUUCUCCAUUUUGUGAGGAAGAGAAACGCAGCUUUUUUAAAAAACGAAUUUCUGCAGUUCUGAGGGGAAAAUAAAUAAAUAAAUUCACUCUCUGACUGUAGAACCUGGUCUUCUGCUGAGGCAGAGCCACACCACAGUGAACGAAAUGCAGUAUGUUUGGGUGAUAUUACUGUUCCUCCCCAGCACACUUUCACAGUAUACAGGGAGGUUCAGGUUGGUGGUUCCAGAAGCUCCUGUUUUCAGUGUUCCUGGUUCUGAUGUUGUUCUGUCGUGUUCUGUACGAGAGGAGUUUAGUCCAAACAUCAUAAACGCUGUGGAUCUGAACGUUACUUGGUCCAGAUCAGACCUGAAAGAUUCACUGGUUCAUCUCUAUGAGAAUCAUAAAGAUCUAAACACAGGUCAGAUUCCUUCUUACAGAGGAAGAACCGCUGUGUUUAAAGAGCAGCUGAAGAAUGGAGACGUCUCACUAAAACUCUCCAACGUUCGGAUUACUGAUGAAGGAGAAUACACAUGCAGAGUUGACUCUACGAGCUUCAGGAGUGAUAAAACUAUUAAACUCUCAGUUGAAGUUGUGGGAAGUGAACCAGUGAUCACUGUGGAGAAAUAUGAUUCUGAAUCAGGAAAGUUCAGUUUACUGUGUGAAUCUAAAGGCUGGUAUCCUGAACCUGAGCUUCAGUGGAGGAACAGUAAAGGAGUUAAUGUGACUGCAGAAACAGAAACUCAGCCAGUCGCUGAUUUCUUUAAUGUGAAAAGCAGAAUCACAGUAGAGAAAAUCGACUCGUUCUUCUGCUCAGUGACACAGAGAGUUCAUGAGAAGGAGGGAUGGAUCGAUGCUCAAACCCUGCACGGUGAGUUACUCCACACUCCUACACACUCACUGAAAUAGUAGAUGUAAAAAUGUAUAAGCACAU